GAGCGGCGUCGGAGCGGUGCGGUGCAGUGCAGUGCAGGGGGGUCGGUAUCUGGCGGGAUGUUCCGCAAGGCGCGGAGAGUGAACGUGCGGAAACGGAACGAGUCGGAGGACGAGGAUGAGGAGCGCGACGAGGAGCCGUCUCAGGAACCGGCGCCGGCGGCCGGGGUGGUAGAGGAAGGAGCCGGCGAGGCCUCCAUGGCGCUGGCGGCGGGCCCCGGGCUCCUGCCGCUGCCCGCCGGCUGCGUGCCCCUCGCCUUGCCCGGCAGCCCCGCGGCCUUCGCCUGCGCCGCCAGCUACGGUGCGGCUCUGGGCUUGGGGCUGAGCCUGGCGGGAGGCGAUAGGGCAAGCCUGGGGGCUCUGUCGGCGUCCGCCUUCCUGCCCCCCCCGCCGCCGCCACCGCCGCAGCAACAGCAGGGCAACGGGCUGCCGGGGCCUGGGCGUCCCAAGGAGAAGAAGCGGACGCGGGAGAACAAAGAGGUCCCUCGGGCCAGCCUGCUCAGCUUCCAGGAUGAGGAGGAGGAAACUGAAGAAGUUUUUAAAGUGAAGAAGUCAAGUUACAGCAAAAAGAUUGUGAAACAAUUGAAGAAAGAAUACAAAGAAGAUCUUGAAAAAUCAAAAGUUAGAACAGAGGUCAAUUCUCCAACAGAUGUAGAACCACCACUAGAAAAGACAGGACAGAUUAAGGAUAUAGGUCAAGAAGAUGGGACUGCAAACAGCGAGCAUGGUGAAGAAGAAAUGGAAGUUGAAAGUGAGAAGGAAGAAGAAAAACCCAAAGCUGGUGGGGCUUUUUCCAGUGCUCUGUCGUCAUUGAAUGUUCUCCGCCCAGGAGAAAUUCCAGAUGCUGCUUUUAUUCAUGCCGCUAGGAAAAAGCGUCAAAUGGCUCGUGAACUUGGAGACUUUACCCCCGUUGACAGUGAACCAGGUAAAGGCCGCCUUGUUCGAGAAGAUGAAAAUGAUGCCAGUGAUGAUGAAGAUGAUGACGAGAAGAGGAGGAUAGUUUUUACAGUGAAGGAAAAAUCCCAAAGGCAAAAGAUUGCUGAGGAAAUAGGUAUUGAAGGAAGUGAUGACGAAGCGUUGGUGGCAGGGGAGCAAGAUGAAGAACUCAGUAGAUGGGAGCAAGAACAGAUACGGAAAGGCAUCAACAUACCUCAGGUUCAACCAAGUCAGCCUGCUGAAGUGAAUAAUCUGUACUACCAGAACACUUACCAGACACUGUCUUAUGGUUCAUCCUAUGGCGUUCCAUACACUUACACUGCGUAUGGAUCAUCGGAAACCAAGUCUCAAAAAACAGAUAAUACAGUUCCUUUCAAAACUCCCAGUAAUGAGAUGACUCCUGUUACUAUUGAUUUGGUAAAGAAACAGCUUAAAGACAGGUUGGACUCUAUGAAAGAAUUGCACAAAGCUAAUCGACAGCAAUAUGAGAAACACCAGCAAAGCCGAGAGGACUCUACCAAGGCAAUUGAAAGAUUAGAAGGGUCUUCUGGGGGUAUUGGUGAACAGUAUAAGUUUUUGCAAGAAAUGCGAGGGUAUGUCCAAGACUUGCUUGAGUGUUUCAGUGAAAAGGUGCCUCUGAUUAACGAACUUGAGUCCGCAAUGCACCAGCUGUACAAACAGCGAGCUUCCCGCCUUGUCCAAAGACGACAAGAUGAUAUUAAAGAUGAAUCUUCGGAGUUUUCAAGCCAUUCAAAUAAAGCACUGAUGGCACCAAAUCUUGAAUCUUUUGGACGAGACAGAGUGAUCUAUCAAGAGCAAGUAAAGCGUCGAACUGCAGAAAGAGAGGCUAGAAGAACUCGUCGUAGACAAGCAAGAGAGCAAACUGGGAAGAUGGCAGAUCACCUUGAAGGCCUUUCCAGUGAUGAUGAGGAAACUUCGACAGAUAUUACAAACUUCAACAUGGAGCGAGAUCGUAUAUUGAAAGAAUCCAGCAAAGUUUUUGAAGAUGUUUUGGAAAACUUUUAUUCAAUUGAUUGCAUUAAGUCACAGUUUGAAGCUUGGCGCUCAAAGUACUUUGCUUCUUACAAGGAUGCUUAUAUUGGCCUUUGUUUACCAAAGCUGUUUAACCCUUUAAUCAGACUUCAGCUGCUUAUCUGGACUCCUUUGGAGGGCAAGUGUCGAGAUUUUGAGACUAUGUUGUGGUUUGAAUCAUUGCUGUUUUAUGGCUGUGAAGAACAGGAACAAGUGAAAGAUGAUGCUGAUAUUUCACUGUUGCCUACCAUUGUAGAGAGAGUUGUUCUUCCUAAAUUAACAGUGAUUUCUGAAAAUAUAUGGGAUCCUUUUUCUACAACACAAACGUCCAGAAUGGUAGCAAUUGUACAGAAGCUAGUAGAUGGAUAUCCUUCAGUGGUGAAUGCAGAAAACAAAAAUACACAGAUGCUUUUAAAGGCAUUGUUGCUAAGAAUGAGGAGAACACUAGAUGAUGAUGUAUUCAUGCCCUUAUAUCCAAAAAACAUCUUAGAAAACAAGAACUCUGGUCCAUAUUUGUUUUUCCAACGUCAGUUUUGGUCCUCUGUUAAGUUAUUAGGAAACUUUCUCCAGUGGUAUGGAAUCCUUUCAAACAAAACUCUUCAGGAACUGUCAAUAGAUGGUCUGCUAAACCGAUAUAUACUAAUGGCUUUUCAAAACUCUGAGUAUGGAGAGGACAGCAUUAAGAAAGCUCAAAGUGUAAUUGCCUGCUUUCCUAAACAGUGGUUCACUAAUCUAAAAGGAGACAAAACUAUUUCUCAGCUAGAAAACUUCUGUAGAUACCUUGUUCAUCUUGCCGAUACAAUUUAUAGAAACAGUAUUGGUUGUUCUGAUGUGGAGAAAAGAAAUGCAAGGGAGCACAUAAAGCAGAUCAUAAAGCUUCUAGCAAGUAUCCGAGCACUGGAUCAUGCUGUGACAGUUGCAAAUGAUCACAACAUAAAAGAGUUAAAGAUUUUAAUAGAAGGAAAAUAGACUUUUCUGAUAACUCAUUUUGAGCUUUAAAACCAUUCCUGAUGUGUAAUUUAUGUACAUAUGUAAAGUUUCUUAAACUGUAAAGUAUUGAUCUUUGUUUUAAUACAAAGUGCAUUCUUAUAUACAGCAUCCUUAAAAAAAAAUAAAAAAAAAUACUUCUUUGAAAACAAAAAUGGAAUCCCAAGAUUGUCAUUUUUCCAGAAAUCAGAUUUUUCCUUAAAGUGUCUCAAAAUCUUGCUUACAAAAAUACUUUGUACCCAUGAUUAGUAGUCAUCUGCUCUUGGUAAUUGUUCCAUGGUUAACUGGAAUAUGUAUAAUAUAUUAUGUGUAAUACAAUUAUGUGUAUGCAUAUAUUAAUACCACCACAUUGCUUUCACACUGGAUAUAGAGAUCUUGUACUGUGGGAGUAAGCUUUUCAUUUGCUCAAAAUUACUUAUUUUGACAAUAAAGUGAUCAUAUUAUUGGUCAAAAGGGCUGGCAAAACAUUCCAAUAUGUGAAAAUCAUUUGAACUAAAUAGUAGAGACACUUUCAGAUGGAACCUGACCUUUAAAAGGCAGCUGUGCUGCACUCAAAUUGGAAUAGCCAAAAAAUAAUUCGCAUUCAGACUAUGGAACACGUAAGAGUGUUCUUGGAACCAAAACAGGAAGGAAAUCCCAAUCAUAACUUAAUUAUUUUUUACUAGAGGCAUACAAAGAGAUUGUUGUAUUAUACUUGUGAUUAUUGCACAAGUAUAUAUGACAGCACUUCCUAACCCUCAUUUUUCAUUUUUUAGGAAUAAUAGUUUACCCAUGAACUCUGGACACUUGUUUCUUGUGCAAGUUGGUUAAAUUCACAUUUUUUUGUCUUUUGGGUUUUGGGGGUUGGGUUUUAUGGGAUUGAGGGUGUUUGUUUUGGGGGGUUUGGUUGGUUUUUGUAGCUUCAUACAUGGAACCUGAUUUUUUUUUCUGAUCGGUAUGGCUAAAGAUACCAAGCAAAAUGAAGGUGACGCAAAUUUUAUAUCCCAUGAUUUGAAAUAUUUAUAGUAAAUAAUCUAAUGGUACACUUCCCACCAAAUACCGUCUACAAAUAGUCUUAAAAAAAAAAAAGGCAUUUAAUUUGAAUGUAAAUUAAAAAGAAAACACUUUUAAAAUCUGGUGAUUUAUAUCAAACACUGUUGGGGUCCAAGGCAUGGGAAUAGCUGUAAUAGCCUUGGAUUAAGAGCUAUUUCCACGUGUGCCCUACUCUUUCAGGGAACCGUAGCAAUAAACUGGCAUACUGAAUAACAUAAGAAAUCAUCGUAUUUUAAACUCAUGUCAUGUGGUAUAAAUGAGUAUGUUAAUGUACAAUCUGUAACAUGCAGGCUUCAUUUUGACACUGAACAAUUGUUUUUCUGAACUGUUGGGAUUGAUGGAGUACAUUCAGAAAUACCUGCUUUUAAAAAAUUGUUUCAAUAAACUCAUCUGUCAAGGA